GGUUCGCGCGCCUGCGUCAACUAGGUCUGCGGCCCUGUGCGUGACGUUCUUUAGUCGGUGUAUAAGCUUCCCCCCCAGGCGGCUCGGUCAUCAUGCCCUGGCACGCGAUAUAUUGCCCUAGGUCACAGGAUACGCCAAUGACAUUGACGACAUCCUGCGUGGAGACCGAAGCCGCGUUUCGUUCGGUGUGCCCUAGCGCUAGAGCUCCUGGCGGGAGCUCCGUCUGGGGCGGGCAAGGCCUGAUCGUACACUCGUGUUCUGGCCUCACACACUAACGAUUACGUCUCCAUGUCGGUCGCAGAUCUCUGCCGACGAGAAGCAAGAUGACGGAACCUGAGAUCUGUCUCAGGAGAAGACGGUAUCACGUUCACGUCAUUUAUUUCAGGCCCGUGGUCCUAGAUGGAGAAGUACACUGCGCGGAUAGCAUUGGCUAUCAUCUGUCUCCACUUGCACAUCUUAGCGGCGCACGCCUAGUCGGAAUGUGUCAGAUAGCUGCCACGCCAUAUCCGCAGCUGUUGUACGCUGCGUAUUAGCAAGCCAGAACCGUGUCCAUCGGAUACGCAUUGGGAAUAUGCGGCCUGUUCGCUUUCCAUGAACUCUGGACAUCCCACAGCAGACUAUUUGCUUCGCGGCGGCCCAUCGAUCGGCUUCGGCUAUCCCUGAGUACUAGCUCAUUUGGUAACCUCCCGAGCUUCGUCGUCCUGCAAUAUCAUCUCGUAGGGUCGUAUUCCAUCGACUUUGUGUUUAGGCCGCAGUAGCAGGUCCACCGCACCGCGGCCUAUCAAAACAGCUCCGCCAUCCCUAAACGCCAGCUCGUUUUUGUUCCUUCCCGAAGAUCCCCCUCAACAGUAUCAAUUUCCUCAGCGACCCGUACACGUCUUCCACACACACCUGAUCUCUCCUCGUCGGCACCACUUACCCACCGACAGCGGCGUGCUGCUUCUAGCAACAUAAACAAUGUACUGUUGUGUGCCUCUCCACACCGCCAAGCCCUGCUGUCCGUGCACACAAUGCGCCGCGGCAAAGCGCUCGUCCUGCUGCUCCUGCUCCUCGUCCUGGGGCGCACAGGUGCGUGUCUCCGUGUCCCACGACUUUUCGCCUGCCCGUCGAGCCCCCCGCUCACCUCCGCUGUCCGCCCAGUCGUCCAGCUCCAAGCACGCACCGGCGGCGCCGGGUGCCGCCACUGCUUCAAGUUCGCGCACACCAGACACCACACGUCGUCCCGCCCAGCGGUUCUCUUGCAGGCCUUUGGCAAGUAGCGAGGGCCCGGCGCAAGG